GCCGCAUUGAGUCUCUAUCCAGAAUGGAGGAGGUAGCGAGGAAAGAGGACGAAGAGUCCGAGAGCACAACAGUAGUCGAGUCAACGAGCUUCAGUGACCAUUCAACGGAGCGAGAAGAUGACACGAAACCGGACGGAGGAAAUUCAGAAGUGUUGGCAGCAAUAUCCAUUGACAUUGAAAAUGGGGCAAGCGAGGACUGCUGCAGGGAAACAUAUAUCCCUCAAUUGGUAUGCACAAAACAAACAAUAUUCUGUCCUAUUACCAAGAAGCCCUUCAAGUGUGCAGUUGUACACCCCAAGGAUGGCAUCUCGUAUGAGAAAGAAGCAGUAGAAGAGCGAGAUGGGGAUACCACCUUUGAGUACUAUCCAAACCGUGCAUUGAUGGAAUUUCUGGACCCAGCCACAGACUCUGAAAAGGAAGUUUCCCUUCACUUGAACGAGAAAGGGGUCUUUUUGUGUCCCAUCACCCGAGACUUGUUUAGGGAUCCUGUCAUUGACCAUGAAGGCAAUACAUUUGAGAGAACCUCAAUCGUCGGCUGGAUACAGAAACAUGGUGUCUCCCCUAUCACACGGAAUUCUCUGAGGGUUGAUCAGCUGUAUGAUAAUGUCACCUUGCUGACUGUACUUGUGCAAGAAAUGGAGCAACAGGCUGAGCGAGGUCUGAUUUCUGAUGAGUGUGGAGAAAUCAAUGCUUGGAAGAGAGACAUGUCCUCACCUUCAUCUUUCGUGGCUAUACAGUGGGAAACAGAACCAGAACAACCAAAUCCUCAAUUGGAACAGCCUUUGCAACAUGCUGAGCCCCGCACUCCACGACAUCAAAGUGAUGACAACAACACUAUUCGCCACUGGGACCGAUGGCAUAAUCGAGUGGGAAUUGCAGUCUCAUUGGUCGCCAUCAUCGCUGCUUCCAUAUUGCUCUUCAACUGUUCAUCACUUAUUGCUGUUUUGGUUGGUCUUGUUCUGUUUUGCAUUUUGUACUCUUGCUGGACAACGGUACGGCAGGCUUAGACCUCAGUUAGCCGCGAUGAACAAUCUAUGGCUGUUUCACAUCCCUCCAGCUAAGAUUGUGCUGCCCAGACAGAUGGAUAACACAGAUUAUAG